CCAGGCUUGAUUUAGGGCCAACGUCUUUUUGGUAACCCCAGUUUUGUGUCUCACAAAUUAUUGGCUGCGCAAUUUGAGCCCAUGAAGCUUUAAUUAGUUCUGUGCUUACACUUUGUCUUGUCAGAGAAUGACUUCACUUGGUUGAAUUACUCGUGUAACAACCCUGUGUUGGCACAGAAACGUCCUUUUUUACAGCGUCUGUAAUUUUUUCGAUGUUAACAGUGUUUUCGUAAUAGAGAAAUCUUUCCUGACCAAGGGGCGGGGGGAGCUCAAGUAAAUUUGCUUAGAUCCAAAGUGGAGAGAAUCUUCCUCUCAAAUAAGCUCGGGAUGGCGACAGUCUCCGGGGCCCUCCUUGCCUUGAAUGGCCAGGCAUCAGAGGAACAAGGGGAGAUUAUCAAGGUAAAGGUUAAGGAGGAAGACCAGGAAGAUCAGGACUCUUGCCUACAGAGGAAUUUGUCUCAAACUAGGGAACUCUCUCGUCACCGCUUCAGGCAAUUCUGCUAUCAAGAGACACCUGGACCCAGAGAGGCCCUGAGUCAACUCCGGAAACUUUGCUAUCAGUGGCUGAGCCCAGAGAUACAUACUAAGGAACAGAUCUUGGAAUUGUUGGUUUUGGAGCAGUUUCUGACCAUCUUGCCUGAGGAGCUCCAGGCUUGGGUGCGUGAGCAUAAUCCUGAGAAUGGAGAGGAGGUGGUUACUGUGUUGGAAGAUUUGGAGAGGGAGCUUGAUGAACCCAGACAGCAGGUUCCACCUAGCACAUAUGGAUGGGAAAUUCCUGUGGAAGAAAUGACCCCUCUGGAUAUUGCAAAGAAGUCCUUAGGUACUCAGCUCCAUCCUAUGGAGGACAGAAUGGAAUGUGAAUCUCCAGAGCAGUAUCUACUUCAAGAUAAUGGGUCAUUUUCGUGGCUUUCCAUGAUGUCCCAAAGUGUGGAUGAUGAUAACCUCAGUAGCUUAGAUACUAAUGAAGGAGAAAUUGAACCAGAAACCAUGAGAGAAAAGUUCUUCAGAAGCUUAGCAGUGCUACUGGAAAACAAAAGUAACAAUACCAAGAUAUUUUCCAAAGCUAAGUACUGUCAAUUGAUAAGGGAAGUGAAAGAGGCUAAAGCUAAGGCAAAAAAGGAAUCAGUUGACUACCGGCGCUUGGCAAGAUUUGAUGUGAUCCUUGUCCAAGGAAAUGAGAAACUGAUUGAGGCUGUAAAUGAGGAAACAGGCAAAAUACGGUAUUAUUUACACAGUGAGGACUUAUUUGACAUUCUGCAUGAUACACAUCUUAGUAUUGGACAUGGAGGACGCACCCGCAUGGAAAAAGAAUUACAGGCGAAAUACAAGAACAUUACAAAAGAAGUUAUCAUGCUGUAUCUGGCACUCUGCAAACCAUGCCAGCAGAAAAAUUCAAAACCCAAGAAAGUUCCAACAGUACAGCCAAUCAGGGAAGUUAAUUCAAGAUGUCAAGUGGAUCUUAUAGAUAUGCAAUUAAAUCCUGAUGGGGAGUAUAAAUUUAUUAUGCAUUAUCAAGACCUCCGUACAAAAUUAAAUUUUUUGAGGGCAUUAAAAUCUAAAAGGCCCAAGGAAGUUGCAUAUGCCCUUUUAGAUAUUUUUACAAUUAUUGGAGCACCCAGUGUCUUACAAUCUGACAAUGGGAGGGAAUUUUCAAGCCGGAUUGUUAGUGAACUCAGUAGUAUUUGGCCAGAGUUGAAAAUUGUCCAUGGGAAGACACAGACCUGCCAAAGCCAAAAUUCUAUAGAAAAAACUAGUGUAGAUAUCCCAAAUAAGAUUAUUUCAUGGAUGCAAGCUAACAACUCAUCACACUGGGCUGAAUGUUUGUGGUUCAUUCAGAUGACCCAAAAUCAACCCUAUCACAGAGACAUGCAAUGGACUUCCUGUGAAGGUACAUUUAGCCCUGAAGCAAAACUGGCCCUGUCUCAUUCCCAGUUAACUGAAGAACUUGUUGCUAACUUAAACACGGAAAAUGAAUUAGAACAAGCUGACAAAGAGUUAGAAAAUACUCUAAGAGCCCAGUGUGAAGAAAACAUUGGGACUGGAACAGAUAGUAGUGAUAUCGAAGAGAAUCUUUUUAUUACUCCUAAAGUGGCAGAAAAAAACCCUCCUGAAAGUAGAAUAAGAAUUUUAUCUUGUGUAGUUUGUGAGAAAGAAUGCACAGGUGCUAAUAGUUGUGUAUCAUGUGACGGAAACGUCCAUGCAAUAUGUGGAGUGUCCUCUCAAAGUGAGACUGAUAGCUAUGGACACAGAAUAACUUGUAGUCUUUGCUAUGAGACCACUACAAGGAAAAGGAAACUUGAUGAGACUCAAAGAAGUUUGGCUGUUCAACCAAACAAAAUGCUAAAGCCUUCAGAGACAACAUUUUCACCAGACCAAGUAGGAGACUGGAUGGCAAAACAAGCAUCACUGGAUUUUUUAGUCAAGAAGAGACACACCUUUUCUGAAUACAGCAGUAGUAGUAAAAGAAAUGCUAACAAUGGAAGUCAUUCUCAAGAAGUGAAACCCAAGAGGGUGCACACCAGUUUUACUCGGAAGUAUGAUCCCUCAUAUAUCGAGUUUGGUUUUGUAGCCAUAAUUGAUGGUGAAGUGCUAAAACCACAAUGUAUUAUUUGUGGAGAUAUACUGGCUAAUGAAGCAAUGAAACCAUCAAAACUUAAGCGACAUUUAUAUUCAAAGCAUAAAGAAAUAAGUUCACAACCAAAAGAAUUCUUUGAAAGAAAAAGUAGUGAGUUAAAAAGCCAACCAAAGCAGGCGUUCAGUGUUUCACAUAUAAACAUUAGUGCUUUGCGCGCUUCUUAUAAAGUAGCGCUUCCGGUUGCUAAGUCUAAAACACCAUACACAAUUGCCGAGACAUUAGUGAAAGACUGCAUCAAAGAAGUGUGCUUGGAAAUGUUGGGUGAAUCUGCAGCAAAAAAAGUAGCUCAAGUGCCACUGUCAAAUGACACCAUAGCUCGACGCAUUCAGGAACUGGCUAAUGAUAUGGAAGACCAACUCAUAGAACAAAUAAAGCUGGCAAAGUAUUUUUCUUUGCAACUUGAUGAAUGCAGAGAUAUAGCUAACAUGAUAGUUCUUUUAGUAUAUGUGCGAUUUGAACAUGAUGAUGAUAUAAAGGAAGAAUUCUUUUUUUCAGCUGCUUUGCCUACAAACACAACUAGCUCAGAACUGUAUGAAGCUGUGAAGAAUUACAUUGUCAACAAAUGUGGUUUGGAAUUUAAGUUUUGUGUAGGAAUAUGUUCUGAUGGUGCAGCUUCAAUGACAGGAAGACAUUCUGAAGUGGUCACCCAGAUUAAAGAGCUAGCGCCAGAAUGUAAAACAACACACUGCUUCAUUCAUCGAGAAAGUCUUGCUAUGAAAACAAUAUCAGCUGAAUUAAAUAGUGUACUUACUGACAUAGUAAAAAUUGUGAAUUAUGUAAAGGCUAAUGCGUUAAACUCAAGGUUAUUCUCUUUAUUAUGUGAUAACAUGGAAACUGAUCAUAAGCAACUGCUACUGCAUGCUGAGGUACGGUGGUUAUCACGGGGAAAAGUGCUGUCGAGAAUGUUUGAAUUACGAAAUGAACUCUUACUUUUUCUGCAAAGCAAGAAACCAGUUUGGUCCCAGCUUUUUAAAGAUGUGAAUUGGACAGCCAGACUUGCUUAUUUGUCUGAUAUCUUCAGUAUUUUUAAUGAUCUCAAUGCUUCCAUGCAAGGAAAGAAUGCAACAUGUUUUUCAAUGGCAGAUAAAAUUGAAGGACAAAAACAAAAGUUGGAAACAUGGAAAAACAGAGUUUCCACAGAUUGUUAUGACAUGUUCCAUAAUUUAACAACAAUUAUUAGUGAAGUAGGAAACGAUCUUGAUAUUGUGCAUCUGCGAAAAGUUAUCAAUGAACAUCUAACAAAUUUGUUAGAAUGUUUUGAAUUUUAUUUUCCAUCAAAAGAAGAUCCACGCAUAGGAAAUUCAUGGAUCCAAAAUCCAUUUCUUUCAUCAAAAAAUAAUUUAACUGUAACCCUACAGGAUAAGUUGUUGAAGCUGGCUACUGAUGAAGGAUUGAAGAUAAAUUUUGAAAAUACAGCAUCACUUGCUUCAUUUUGGAUAAAAGUUAAAAAUGAAUAUCCUGAGCUUGCCGAGAUUGCUUUAAAAUCUCUUCUUUUAUUCCCCUCAACCUACUUGUGUGAAACUGGCUUCUCUACUUUAAGCGUUAUUAAAACAAAACACAGAAACAGUUUAAAUAUCCAUUAUCCCCUAAGAGUAGCAUUGUCAUCAAUCCAACCUAGAUUAGACAAAUUAACAAGCAAGAAGCAAGCUCAUUUGUCACAUUAAAAACUUUAGAUAUUGAUAUAUAAAGUGUUCGUGCAAAGUAUGUAUGUAGACACUUAGUGUGAGGAAUUUGCUAUUUCACUUUUAACUUUCUGUUUAGUUAAUGUUAUGGAACUAUGAAAUGUUAUGAACAUAAUAGCAAUUCUUUAUAUAAUUGUCUAUAUGCAUACUUUCAAUGAAGAAAUGUGUAAAGUUUUUAUAAUUCAUUUUCCCCUGUUACGUUUGUUAAAAUGUAAUUUUAAAUCUAUUGAUUCUGAUAUUAAAAAUUUGGUCUU